AAAGAAGAACUCGAAGAAGCUCGUCAGCGCGCCGCCACAACCACAACCACCACCGCCGCCUCCACCGUCCUCACCCACCUCGACCGCUCCAAAGACCCCUCCACCAAAACGCACCGCAUCAUCGGAAAUUAAAAAAUGUCUCACCACAUCUCCAAAGCCCUAAUGGAGGUCGAGGUCAAGCUGAGGCUGCCGGACGCCGCCGCCCACGGCCAGGUCACCGCUCUUCUAGCGCCGUUCCUCCUCGGCACCCACCGCCAGGAGAAUCUCUUCUUCGACGGCUCGAAAUCCGAGCUCUCGGCGCGGCGGGCCGUGCUCCGGCUACGCUUCUCCGACCGGAGCCCUCUCUGCGCCGUGACGCUGAAGGCGAAGGCGGUGCUGGUCGACGGCGUCAGCCGAGUGGAGGAGGACGAGGAGGAGCUGGACCCGGGGGUGGGGCGGGCCUCCGCCGCCGAGCCGGAGAAGAUGAUGGCGGCGGAGUCUAGGGUUUUGAGGAGGGUGAGGGAGGAGUUUGGGGUUCUAGGGUUUGUGGGGAUGGGAGGGUUUGGGAAUGUGAGGGAUGUGUAUGAUUGGAAAGGGUUGAAAUUGGAGGUGGAUGAGACCAAGUAUGAGUUUGGGACUUGUUAUGAGAUUGAGUGUGAGAGUGCUGAUCCUGAUGGAGCCAAGGAGAAUCUUGAGGAGUUCUUGAAGGAAAAUGGGGUGAGGUAUUCGUACUCCAAAGUGUCCAAGUUUGCGACUUUUCGAGCUGGGAAGCUGCCUUAGGGAUUCAAUGUGGUGAACUUUCUGAUAUAAUUGCGAAGAUGAUCAGGAGUCUGUGGUUAUGCUCAAUAAGAAUGGACAGAACUCUAUAUGUUACAUGCCUAAGGUGGAGGAAGCAAAGAGUGGGAAGCCAAUUCUCCAGCAGAAUACUAGCAGCAUGAUUGUGGAAACUGAGAAACGAGUUAAGAUGAAAACGCCAGAUGAGCUGCUUGAAAUACUCAAGGACCAAUGCUUUAUCAGACAAGAGGGUUGGUGGUCAUAUGAAUUUUGCUAUCAGAAGAGAUUACGACAAAUUCAUUUGGAAGAUGAGAAGGUAUCCACUUAUGCGCCUCUGAAAUGCACAUUUUCAACUAUACUAUCUUCUGUUAUUAGUUCCUAACAUGAUACAAGCAGUAGAAGUAUAAAACUACAUAUGAUGAGAGGAAGUAGGCUAAUAUGCAUCCAGUGUGUUAAAAAGGAACCGUGUUUAAUUUGAGGAUCUUGGGCUUUAACAUAGUGUUGUCACACAAAUAUGGUCUAUCUAAUUAAUUACUGAAGUAUUAGGGUUGGGUUUUUCUGCAUUUUCAAUUAUGUGGCUUUCUUCCAUAGUUGGAGUGGUUAUAGUGGUAUAUGUGGUAGUUACUGAGGUAUAGGUAGAUAUUUAUUUUCUUGCUUUCAUACUUUUUGGUGGGACAGCUAAUGACCAGUAACAUUGCAAGUAUGCAGUUAUGAUAAGUUCUACUGCUUGUAUGCAGUUACAAUUCAAUACCCCACACUUUGCAAGCAUCCGUAAGCCUCUAUUUCUUUCCCCACUUUCCCCCUCUAUCUCUCUAUUUAGUGAAUCUAAUGGCUACUUUCAGCCAACAGAUUAUUCCAAGCGGAGAAAGUAUGGCAGACCAUUAAUUGUAACCCCAAGUUGAGGAUGAAGAAUCUGAAAUUAAGCAGAUAGUUAUGGUCACAGACAGUGAAUCUCAUUCCAAUGAUGAUUCGGAUGAGUAACAUUUUAUAAAUUCAGAGAAUUUUGUGAAUACUAAUGAUAGUGAACCUUACGUAAUCUUGUAUUCUUUUACACCUUUCACAAGUUUAUAGAAACACAGUCAUUGAUUGUCCUC